UAUAUGAAAGUUGCGCUAUGAAACAUGAUAUAGCAUACAAAACACAACACUCAUCUGCGCGUCAUUUGCUUUGGGAAUGUUUAUACUUUAUUAUAUACACGAAUUUGCGAAAUUAAAAAGGUAAACGAAUAAAACAAACUGAAUGAAUGGAGAGUAGCAAAGGUAAACGCAAACGGAAGCGAGAGAAACUGACAUGUUUAGUCUGUAAUCGGUCGUUUGAUGAUGAUUACCGAAAUGAACACAACAAGAAAUACCACGAUGAUUUGUUAAAGGCAGGGAAAUCAAUAUCUUAUAAAGUGGCCGGUGCUCCCGCAAACCCGUUUGUCUUGGCGGCACAGAUACAUAAGGAAAAGGUAUCACAGACAAAGAAUGAUCCGGAAAGCUCUGGUGCCCCUUUGGAGACGUUGACUGUUUCCGCAGGCGAAAGUGUUGCCGAGAAAGAUUCCCAACCCUCAAAAUCACAUAAUGUUGACACAGCAGUACUUUCUUCAAAGGCAUCAGGAAGCGAAAGUGACAAAUCACACAAAGACGAAACAGUCGAGAGCUAUACCGUGGAAGACGUGAACAAAGAGACCGAAGUAAGCGAGGGCGAUGGUAACAUAACAUGGCUUCAGUGCGCAGGGUUGCUCCAUUAUCUCAAGUUUCAACUUCGUAACGUUGAAGGAAUUAUGGACGAAGUUGCAUCGGCUGAUAAUCCCAAUCAGGAACAUUUUCUGAGCAAAGUGGUCGAAACUGCUGAUCAAGUUAGGGAAACUGCAAGCGAGCUUGUUAAAAGAUCAUCUCAAGUUCUCAAAAACAUUGAAAAGGAGAAGAUGACACUCGAAGAUAGCAAUGAGAAUUAUUUUUCCCCUGCAAUUCCACCAUUGGAUCCUGCAUUGCGAUCAAGGCAUCUGACAGACAGUCAAAAAACGUACCUGAUACAAAUCGGUCCGAAUCAACCGCAUUUACAGGCAUAUCCAACCAACCCAAGUGCCUCCGACGUUAUGAGAGAAGGCCACAAGCAGUCCAGGUUUAAUCCAUCCUGGUACAAAGAUUACCCUCACCUGGAAUAUAGCAUAUCAAAAGAUGCUGCCUUUUGCUUUGUAUGUUCUCUGUUUAGCAGUGGUCCAGGGAUGGAGAAAGCGGAAAGUGCUUGGAGUACAGAAGGAGUGCGCACAUGGCAUAAAUUUAAGAGCUGUGGGAAGGCGAAGCCUGGGAAGUUAGCAACACACUUCUCAUCUACGAGUCACAAAAGUGCCGUCCUGGCGUAUGCAAAUUUUGUGAAAACGUCUGGACACGUCGAUGUACUGCUUUCUAAGGCCAGACGUCAGGCUCUCAUCCAGGAAGAGGAAGACCUAAUCCACAACAGGAAGAUUGUUGAGAUACUGCUCGACGUAACGAAAACACUCGGACGCCAAAGUAUCGCGUUUAGAGGUCACGGAGAUGACAAAGAAGGAAAUUUCCAGCAGAUUGUGAUGAUGAUGGCCAGACAUUGUCCCGAUUUAAAAGCCUGGUUCAACACUACCCGGAUGCGACCAUACCGCAUAACAUAUCUAAGUGCACACUCCCAAAACGAAUUUAUUCAACUAAUUGGCCACCAAUUGCAAAAACAGAUUGCCAAAGAAAUUGAAGAAGCCCACAUGUACUCGGUCAUGGCUGAUACAACGCCAGAUGUUUCACACAAAGAUCGCCUUGCACUUGCUUGUCGGUACGUGGAUGCCAACGGUCAGCCAAGAGAACGAUUGAUGUCACUGACGGAAGCCAAAGACAAGACGGGGGAAGGAGGAGCUAGGGAGAUCAUCGAGGCGCUAAAUAAGCAUGAGAUCAAUUUAGACGAUCUAUGCUUCCAAAGCUACGACUACGCAGCUUCAAUGUCUGGAAGAUUCAAUGGAGUUCAAAAGAAGAUUCAAGAUAAGCUUGGAAGAAGAAUUCCAUAUAUGCCAUGCUUAGCACACCGUUCAAACACGGUAAUUGAACACAGUUGUGAAGCAAGCGCUAUUAUAACUGAGUUGUUCAACGUACUCGAGGAAUUGUAUGUUUUCUUCACGAGCAGUACCAAGCGCAUUUCAUCGCUUAAAGAGCACAUCGAUGAUGCAGAUAUCGAUAACCCGUUGCAGCUAAGGAACCUGUCCAAGACACGCUGGGUGGCUCGAGCGGAAUCGAUCAAGGCUGUGUGGUCGACGUACGAAGCAAUCUUGAAAUCAUUGACGGAUCUUAAAGAACGUUCAACUGAUGGUAAGACAAAAACGGCUUCCUCGGGUUUGUUGGCCAAAAUCACUCAAUUCGAUUUCAUCGUGUGCAUAAUGUUUAUGAAAAACAUAAUGUACAAAACGAAGAGAAUGACGGAGAUCCUUCAGAAAGAGGAACUUAACAUCAUUGACGCAAUUACAAUUAUGGAAUCAACCAUAAAAAGCUUGGAAAGCGUGGCCAACGACAGUGAUGCAAUGAAUGCAGAAAUUCAAGCAGCAACUGUGUUCGCAGAACGGCUUGGUGUGGAUGUAGAGAGUGAUUUCCGACGCCAUCAUCGCCUCAGAAAACCACCUCGAAGAAUCGAUGACAACCCCUCUAAUACUGUAGCACUAAGCCUGGAGUCCUUUUACCGGAAAGAAUUUAAAGCAGUAUUGGAUACUCAGAUCACCCGCUACAAAGAAGUGUACAACAGUUCCAAAGAAACGACUGGUCCACUGAUCGAUGUUUUGCAUCCUUCCAAAGGCAAGGUUCCACUGGAAUCGUUUAAAGACUUCGGAGAAUUUUUCCCACGAGACCAACGACCAGACGCAGAAGCUCUAAUGGCAGAAAUUGAAGUUUUCAAGGUGCACCUAGCUGACAAUCACAACGACGUUAAAAAUAUUUCUGAGGCAGGCGAAAUAUCAGAGAAACAGAAGUCAGUGUUUCCCUUGACGAACAAGGCUUAUCGCCUAGCUCUUACUGCACCAGUUACUGUAGCGAAAGACGAAAGAACAUUUAGCAAGUUAAAGCUUGUGAAAACCCUGUGCAGAUCAACGAUGCGCGAUGAACGACUGGAAGAACUGCUACUAAUGGCUUGUGAAAAAGAUAUCACAGAUAGCAUAAGCAUUUCCCGAAUGGCUACAGCUUGGGCAGCUUUAAAACAACGUCGGGUCUCCAUUUCCAUAUCAUAG